UUCAAGUUCAGUUCCCGUGGGACCGCCGGCCUCGCUCGUUCGCAAACCAUUCGUUGAACAUGAGAAUAUUCUAACGUUUUAUAAAAUGUAUUUACACGCUUUCAAAGCCUAAAACGGGAUUUGAUAAUUCUCACCCGUUAAAUAUCAUUGAAAAUAUCGUCGAGAUGUUAGUUACGUAAAUCACAAUCUCCAAGAGCUAUCGAAAUGAUAUUUGCGGUUGCCUGGAUCCUACUGUACACCGCAGCCGAGAGCCAUCAAGCCAGUUUCUUCCGGACUUUUGAGUGCAUUAAUGAGCAAUGCCAGAGAACGGGACGACCGCUAUCAGUUCUAGAUCACGAGAAAUUGAAAAUCAAUGGACAGCACACGACUUUGGCCGCUUGCAAGCUGGUGUGCGGAGCCAGUGCCGGCCUGUGGCCUUUACCCACUGGAAGUUUUAGUAUUGGGAAAGAUUAUCUCCCCAUACAACCCGACAAAAUUAUCUUCGACGUGAAAGCGAUCCCCUCGGGAGUCGACUCAUUUAUCUCCGAAGUAAUCGACAUAUUUACAUCAAACGUUCAAUCAUACUGCGGUAAUAACUGUGAUGGAGUCGGCUCCUCGGUGACUGUCCACAUCGAGGUGGAGUCGGGGAGCCUCGGACUCGACUGGAAUACCCGCGAGGACUACACUCUUCGAAUCGCUAGUAAAGGCACCGAGGCGGACGUUAUUAUCACUGCGCACACGGUUUACGGGGCUCGUCACGCUCUGGAGGCUCUCUCGCAGCUAAUUGCACCGAUCGUCAAGUCCAGUAUCAAGAGGGGGUUGGUGAUCGUCAAUAAGGCUGAUAUUGAGGACAAACCGGUGUUCAAGCACAGGGGACUGAUGAUAGACACUGGAAGGAAUUAUCUGCCGGUGACAGCGAUUCUUAGAACUAUCGAUGGACUUGCAGCGACCAAAAUGAAUGUGCUGCAUUGGCACGCCACUGAUUCGCAGAGCUUUCCGUUGCAGAUUAAGAGUCGACCGUUGAUGUCGCGGUAUGGUGCUUACUCCCCUGGGAUGAUAUACACCCCAGAGGACGUGGGGCGUAUAAAAAACUACGCGAAAUACCGUGGAGUCAGGGUGAUCCUGGAGAUGGACUCUCCAGCCCAUGCGGCAACCGGUUGGGAGUGGGGCGAGACUGCGGGGCUAGGGAAGCUCGCAGUUUGUGUUGAGCAACAGCCCUGGAGGAAUUUCUGUGUUCAACCCCCUUGUGGACAACUGAACCCUGUGAAUCCUCAUGUGUUCGAUAUUCUCAGGGACGUUUACAGGGAAUUCUUCUCGAUAUUGGGGAAUGAUAGCGUCCUUCAUGUUGGAGGAGACGAGCUCUGGUUGCCAUGCUGGAACUCCACCGAAGAGAUCGUGGAGAAUAUGCAGGGGAGAGGCUGGGGGAGAACCCCCGAGGACUUUCUCAAACUCUGGGGAGAGUUCCACAUUAAGCAAUUGAAGGUCAUAAGUGACCUCAAAGAGAAGGACGACUCUGUGAUCAUCUGGAGCUCUGGACUCACUGAGCCCAAUGUCAUUGAGCAGUUCCUCGACAAAAAUAGAUUUAUCAUCCAAACGUGGGUGCCAGCUGCUUCUACCGUUCCCGAGGAACUCCUCAAACGUGGGUAUAAAUUGAUUAUUUCAACGAAAGACGCUUGGUACUUGGAUCACGGCUUCUGGGGGAGCACAAAGUACCAUUCGUGGCGAGAUGUCUACGAGAAUAGAAUCCCGAGGGAGGAGACUGUCCUCGGUGGCGAAGUCUGCAUGUGGGGGGAGUACGUGAAUCAGGGUGGCCUAGACUCUCGCAUCUGGCCGAGAGCGGCAGCAGCCGGCGAGAGACUCUGGACAGACUCCGCGACCCUCAAAACCGUCGACGUCGAGCCGAGGUUGCAGGCUCACAGGGAGAGAUUGGAGAGCCGGAACGUCAAGGCUGAUGCCAUAUCCCCGGCGUGGUGUGCACAGCACGCAACAAAGUGCGACUGAAAUUAAUUACCAAAAUUUUUAGUAUUCUCGGAAUUUUUGCAUUGAAUGUGAUUGAUCUCGUUGAUUAUUAUCCGUUGGAAACUGGACAAUUGUAAAUGAAUAAAUAUUUUUUAUAUGGUA